CUGUGAUUACGUUAGUGAUAAAUGCGCACUAAUUCGAUAUAAAAAUACUGCGUUUACAAGGGCCGAAACGUUUCUUCGUGUCAGUUUAUACUGUGUAAUUGGGUGGAAGAAGGCUUGGCAUAAAGAGAGGCUAUGGCUACUGCCUGCAUCUGAUCAAAUAGAUACUUAGCUGAACGAGAUGGAUGUGGCCGGUGAUUUGACCCUGCAAUGGGUCGAGGAAGUGGGAAAUGUAGUUCAUGAGGAAGUAAUAUGCGACUUAGAAGGGGAGUUGGACACUCCAGAGGAGGAGGUGAUCGGGGCAUGUGAAGAAGUAAGCGUCGAGGACACAGUCGAAACUGUUCCAGAGGCUUGUCCAGCACCCGACUCCGAAAUCCUCCUUGUGCCACAGUCUAAUGACAUGGAGUCUAUUUACAUAGUACCCCAAGAUGGCCAAGGUCAUGAUUACUUGAAUAUCCAGGUCACUGAGGAAGUAAUUAGUGAUAACUGGGAUAGACCGGGACAGCAUGAUGGUGUUGAAAUCCCGGAGACUAAAGUAUCACACGACAAUUUGCUUGAAUAUGACGACAUGGAAAUACCAUUGCCGAUUGAUCAAGAUUCAUACACAAACACUCGCCCUUACCCGUGCGAUUUCUGCAGUCGUCGGUUCAGGAAAAAAGCAAAUCUAAUGAAUCACAUGGUAGCUCAUCAGACGGAUCGCCCUCAUGGAUGUAAUUUGUGCGGUGCUAGAUACGUCAGAAAAUGUGAUUUAAUGAAUCAUUUGAAAAUUCAUGCGUACGCCCCGUCUCGUGAUGGAUUGGAAGAUGACUUGAAUGAUGACGAUUCUCUUAUCCCAGAAGAGGAGGAAACAAAUAAAGGAAGGCGCAAAAAAGUUCAGUCUAACGCACCAAGAAAGCGCAAGAACAAUGCAGCAGCGGCAAAGCGGGCUGCUCCAGAAAUCAAAGUUGAGAUGGGAAAAUAUGUGAAUAAAUCUUACGACUAUGUGGACGAAGAUAUGCGACUUUUAGAAGAAAUGACCAACAGAAAUUCGGCGAGAGGAAAUAAUUAUGCAUCAAGUUCACGGUGGAAUGAACAACUGACCUCGGAACAUAUUGAACCCCAACCACCACGUUGGCCUAUCACUGACCCAACCAAACCGUAUGUUUGUCAACACUGUGGUGUUGGAUUUGCCAGAGAAAAAGCUCUGGCUUCUCACUCUCGCGUGCACGGAGGCGAUAGUCCAUUUGAAUGCACUUCUUGUGGUGAUAUGUUCUGGGAUGUUAACACCCUGCGUGAACACGUUAGAAUCAAACAUGGAGGUGCUGUGCAAUCAGACUUAGAAGAGUACGAUAAUGAUGCAACUUACACCGGUGAUGAAAGAUUUGGAGAAUUUUACUGCGAUACGUGUGGAGUACCUUUUCACCGUCUGGAUCUUCUUAAACGCCAUCGAAAGAUUCAUGUCAAGCAAGAAACUACAGAAGUGAUUACCAAGGGUUCAAGCCAGCAUCAUGUGUGCAAUGUUUGCGGAGAGUGGUUUGAAGAAGCUUUGGCAUUACUUGCACAUGCUGAGCUGCAUGCCAGGUCACCUAGUCGGCGUUGCUUAUUAUGUGGCCAAAGGUGUCGAGAUGAUGCAGAAGUCGCAGAGCAUGUCCGUCAAAAUCAUGCGGAGGAUGCGCCGCCAAAUACUUGCACUCUUUGUGGAAAAACGUGCAAAGACAAGCGUAGUUUGAUCAAGCACUCCUGGGUACACAAUGCUGAUAAGACAUUUGGAUGUACAAAAUGUGGUAAACAUUUCCACAAUAAGGCCAGACUCCGCAGGCAUAUGGUGUCCCAUCGCAAUAAGAUGGUCGCAUGUGACGAGUGCGGCGAAGAAUUUCCUGAUGGUAGAGCACUGGUGAGCCACCGUCACUCUCACAACAAGGAUUUGGGUGGGCGUUCUUUCCCCUGUAGGGAAUGUGGAAAGACAUUUGGUAGCCGUAGUUCUCAACAGAUUCAUAUCCGUAUUCAUACUGGUGAAAGACCGUAUGGAUGUAGAUUCUGUUGGAAAGCAUUUGCAGAUGGAGGAACACUCAGAAAACAUGAACGAAUACAUACCGGUGAAAAGCCUUAUGGAUGUGCCAUCUGCCCUCGAGCUUUUAACCAACGUGUCGUUUUGCGUGAACAUGUUAGGGCUCAUCAUUCAGGUCCAGAUCCAAAAUGUCAUGGCAGUAUGACGCCAUAUCUAUGCAAAGUAUGCGGUGAUUCUUAUGGCACGUCCGAAGAAAUAGUUGCACACAUAGUGCAACACUGUGAUGACAAUACAGCCUUGCGCCGACAACCGCAAACUGGCCCGCGAAAGUAUAAAAGGAGGCGCAAGCUCAAGCCUUAUGAAACAAACCCUGUUCCCCCACGCAUGGCUGCAGUGAGUUACGAAACGCCAGACAUUGCAUCCGAUUCGGACGACAAUACAAAACGAAAACUUGGAAAGAAGAACAAGCAACAGCACAGGGCGAAUGUAGAAGAGGGUUAUCAGAACGUAUUGAAAAGCUUUGAAAGUUCACUGCAGAAUAUAAGCUCGAUAGUAAGUAAUUCCAAGGCUAAUCCAGCCAAAUCGAAACUUUCGAAAAGAAAGGCCAAGAAGGAUGAAAAGAAAAAUGAAACACAGACGUCUGCUCAGUCCAGUAGACCAAAAAUGAUUCACACUCAGAAAACUCGUGUACCGGUUCAGAUUGGUGGUGACGGAGUGAAGAAGGGCCAAAAAACUAAGACCAUGGUUACCAGAACUCCCAAAGUUAUGCCAAACGAACAUAAAACUGGGGUAUUUCCCAGCGGUGAAAGAAAUAGACCGAGGACUAAAAAUGUUAGUUAUCAUAUUGAAGGGAAACUUCAACUUACCCCAGCAACAUUCCCAACAAAACCGAAUGAGGAGCUCGAAAAGCCGCACUCCGUGACAUUUUUAGAGAAAAAUAUUAAAAUUGAACCAGGAUCGCAAAAGAAUAGCGGUGCAGUUCACAGUAAUAAUAACGGUAAUAUAGCCAUAGCGGAGCGAAAGGUGGAGCCAACACCAAGGAAGAAACCUGCUGUCGUUAAGAAAGUGCGAAAACAAAAGCAAGUUGUAAUAAAACAAGAGCCAAAAGAUGAUGAGUCGAGUCAAGAAGCCACGCAAAACAACAACAAUGCGAUAGAAAUGAAUCAAACGAGUCACAUGUUAGAUAAUGCUCUGGAUGGCAAUAAUUUAGAAGUUGCUUAUGAAGCAAGCAUCGUUACAGCUGAAGAAGAAUCCAUCCUUCCUGAUUUAGAUACGCACACCAUUCAUAAUGAGGUUGCGGAAAAAGAAAGUUUCCAACUAAGUGUUAAAAUGCUUGAAUCAGCACCGCACAGAAUGCUAGCUGUACAUCACGUUAUCACACCAGUUGACGAGGUUCCAGAGACCAUAAUUCCGGAUGCUGUUGAAUACACGUGCGAAAUGUGUUCAGCUGUAUUUUCAAGCCGUGCAGAGCUUUUGGUUCACGUUCCGAUACACAUUUGAUUGCAUUUGAUUGAUGUUAUGGGAGAAGCAUCCAGGUUUGUUCAAUUGUAGGCCUCUUUUUGUCUAAUUAACGUUUUUUUUUUUUUUUUUUUUUUUUUUGCCAAUGCCGUUAUGGAUGCUGAACAAACUCGGCUUAGGUAUCUAAUCGUUUCAGUUGAUCGUACACAUAGGUUCAAGCCAAGGCCCCCUAUGCUUGUUACUCUGAGUUAUACCACGUUCAUUGUUGCAUGUUCUAUAUUUUCAUUGUAUUGAGUUUUUGCAAAAGAAAAAAAACAAACCAAAAAAAAAGAAUAUUGUUCACUCAAUUAUACAUGGUGAUAUACUUACGCUGACAAGUUUAUAUCCUUUCCUAAGCAUCGUUUGUUGCACCACAAUUCAUACCAUGCAGUAUGAUGAGGGCAAAUCACAAAAUGAGCUGGGAUUAAGAGUUAUUUUGUCAUGGAAGAUGAAAGGAUAAUUAAAUUUUCAAUAAAUUUAGAAUAGACCAUUGAAAUAGAAUUUCAGCAUAAAAUGACUGUAAAAAAUCUGUGUUGAUGUAAUCAUUGAUGUUUUACUUAGGUAAAUUCAAAGAUAAUGUAUAUUACCUAAAUUUAUUCAUCAAUUACUAUAAAAUGUAUAUUAUAACUUUCUUCUAUAUUCAAUUAUUACAUAACAGGUUUCCACUCUAUGGCUCAUUCGUUUUCUUUGCUUAACUUUACAUUUGGUCUUUUAUGAUUAAACUUAAUGUAAUUAUUUCUGAGUUUUAAGAAUAUAUAGUAGUUUAUUGAAUUCAACUUUAAUGUUAUUUUAUAAAACAUGGUUAUUCAUUUUCAGAUACUGGCAAUGUAAUGCCAUAUUAUAGGGGUAUUAAAAAUAAUAGUAACUAAAGUUAACAACAUACGAAAAUUGUGUGUAUUCAUAAUUAGAUAGCUUGUAACAACAUUUUGAAAAACAGGCCAAUACUAGCCAAAUGAUCAUAUUUUUUUUCAAUACUGAAGAAGAUAAAUUUGACAUAGUGUACUAGAGCAAUUAUCUUAUGAUAGCCAUGUGUUUGGAGUAUAAUACAUAAAUGUACAUACAAAAAAAAUGAGAGCAAAAUAGUAUCAAUCUUGUCUGAAUAACUUUACUAGUAUACAGUGUUUUCUUUUUUUUUGUAUAUACCUAUUUAACGUAUAGAUCUUAUAUCUUUACUCCCAAAUUUUAAGAACAACAAUCUGUAUUCAUUUUUCUGCUAAACACUUGUGAUUGAAUUUUUUGAAAAAUACGAAAAAAUAAUUACUGUAGAUCUAACGGUCGUAGCAUCCCAAUAAACAGAAUCGAUCUUUACAAGCAUACUAUAUUUGCUAAUAAGAGGGGAAAAAAUAUGUACAUAAACAAACAAGAAAUUUUGCAGAUUUAUAAACAUACUCCUAGAAUUUGUAUGCCAACAAGUUAUGAUUUAGCAGGAUAUUUGAAAUAUUUUAUAAUGACUUAGACGUCAAUAAAAAAUAAAUAAAAUUACCUAUAUAACAGAUACUUCCUUACUUUAUAAACGGAUUCUCCAUAGAGUAUAAUAAAUAUUAAUAACUUGUGUGAAUUGUAAGGUUCGCGACUAUACUAACCAAUAUUUCGAUAUCGCCUUUUGGGUUAAAAGAAUAUUAUGAUAUAAUAUGGCAUUGCUAGUAUCGUACAAAAUGUACUGCUUGGUUAAAUUAUUUCAAUUUUUCUUCCUUUUUAGUUCGCAAUAUUUAAUAACCUCUAGCAUGAACCAUGUGAAUACAGAGUUAGAUAUUCUUAUUCACAAUUUAAUUGUUACAUUCUUCUUUAGUUCUUAGCAAUAUUCAAACAGCUUUAAGAUCAGUUUGAUAUAAUAAAUAAUUACUAUUUUAUAAAUUACGUCAAUAAUGACAUUAUAAAGAAAUUGAGUUAAGUCUUUUUAAUCGCACAUUCAUCAACUUAUACUAAUAUGUUGAUAACGUUUUAUGUUUUAUUUAUCAAGAUGGUAGCACUAGAUUCUUUGUUUCAAAUUGUUACAGCAACGGAGUUGGCGUAACAUGUACGUACGUACAUGGCAUUGCAAAGAAUACGAUAAACGCUGUUCAAAAAUAGUUCUGUAUUAAAAUGCUUCAGUUUGUUAAGCUUAAGUUUUAAGUGAUUUGCAGUUACACCCCUCAUAUUAAUGAGCUCUAUGCAAGAUAUAAAAUUAAUAAAAAGCCGUACUGUUGAAAGCGCUCUUAUUUGAAAAUUAGAAGAAAAUUAAGCAGAUUGAUUUACCACGAAUCGCAAUAAAUUAGUGACAUCAAAGUAUGUCUUUAUCUUAGGAAAAAUGAUUCGCAUUUGCAUUUGUAAAACAUUCACUGAUUGAAUAAUCGUGCAAAUUCACUUUGGCAUACUAUAAAGACCACAGUUGCCUUGUCAAUUAGCAAUCAACAUAAGUUUUAUAACGCAUUAUAACUUGAGCUGAUGGUUGAAAAUUAACAAUGUUCAUAGUACACCUACUUUUUCCAGUGAAAGCUUUGUUUACAUACAAAGGUCAUAGAAUUAUAACUUAGUCCCAAAGAUAUUUUAUGCAGUGUAUCUGUAAUUAUUUUAAAGGUGGUUAAUUGCAGCAAAUUUUGUGCUUGAAAAUAUUCUAAAUUACCUUAUGUAAUAUAAAAUGUGAGUUGUGGCAUUGGGCUAGGAUCAAGAGAAUACACAAUCGGUGAAUAUACCUGUAUUAAAGAAAAUUGACAAAUAUUGGCAGAAUCAAAUUUUCGGUUACUCCCAAUUUAUCCGGAGGCUUUUAAUUACACAUUUUGCGAUUGCCAUAUGGAGCAGCCGAAACAGUGGCGUAUAAUAACAAAAAUACGUCUAACAAACAUUAAAUUUUUAAGCCAUUUUGCUACGUGAAGUAUAAUAGUAAUAAAACUAUUCGAAGAUCAUAAAACACUUGUCAUGAGUGUGGAAGUAAUUCUUGGUAUUGAAGUUGAGAGUCAGAAAAAAUUUAAUAAAACAAUUAGUUACUCGAUACAUAGAUGGAUAAUGCCAUGUCAUCAUAGGUAUGUAAGACUUUUAAAGAAUUUAAGAAACUAUGUGCGUGUAUAUAUAUAUAUAUAUAUGUAUGUAUAUACACACACACACAUAUGUAUAAGUUCAGUUGUAAUUUGUGCUCCACGAAAUGAUUAUUAUCAACGUACUCUAUAGAAAUUGACUUAAGAUUUCAAAUAUAGAAAUAUUCAUUCAUAUACGCGGGAUUGACCAGGAAAGAGUAGCAAGUUGUAAAUAUUGUUAUAUCUUGGAUUUAGUAAGGUGGUGCAAUUUAAUGUUAAUCGUAGUUGUAUUUUUAUUUGAAUAAAUCAUUAAUAGUCACAUGUUUUAUAAA